GUCAGCUGCCGCACGGUGACGCGACGCAAGAGGCGUGGCUUCCGGCUUUACGAGAGAUUCCGCUUUUUGAGAGAAUUACGGGCGUCUGCGCUUCCGCCCCUCUUGUGUCCACAGAUAUUUCUCCGCAUCAAGAUCCCGAUCCGUGCGUUUUCCUGACGAAGGACCUGACCACUGUAGAGGAACGUCUCAUCCAAGCUGUGGGCAGUGAGUUGCGCGAAGCCCAGGUCUACAAGCACACACCGAACAGUAGCGAUCUAGGAUUGCGCUUCGACGGGUUGCUUUGUUCGGAAGUGACGGAGAAACUGAUCAGCACCGGUGCACUGGAGAGGCUGGGGUCGAGUCAAGUCGAGGAAGAUCGUACUCAUUUUGCAAGCUGGCUGCAGUACAUACGAGACAACUACAAGAAGUACAGGCCGUCGUCUCCCCGGGGCGCGGCAUUGCGCCAACAUAUCGUAG